CGCCGUCCUUCCCUCCGCUCCCGUUCUUUCCCCGCGUGAGCCGCCCUGCUCUCGUCGUCGCCGUGCAUCGGAGCGCUGCGUCUCCGCCGCUCGGCGAUGCCCCGGACCGCCGCCGAUCCACCGGCCGGAACCGAUCGCACCGCAGCCUCGUCGCUCCGAUCGGUGAGGACACGGCACGGGGACAUGCGUAACGAGCGACGGAUCUCGGCGUGACAGAACGCGAGUGGGACAGACCGCGCGGGGGUGACCGAGCGGCGCGCUGCGGCGGAACGGGAACAUUAAAUCGGUGUUUGUACGUUGGACUCGCACUGCGUUCCUGCGCCCCGCGCUCUGCGUUCCUGCACCGCGUGGGAUCUGUGCCCAGCGCGCGCGGCGCUCCCGGAAGUGACGUCAUCCCCGUGCGCCGCGCCGCCCGUUGCCUAGCGACCAUGACGGGGCGGCGGGCGCGCGGCCCGUUGCAGCGAGUGCAGCGACGGAGCCGGGAGCUGCGGGCACAGGUGGAGGCGCUGCGGGUAGAGAGCGCGGGCGCGGCCGUCGGGCGGCGAGAGGCCCUGAGGCAAAGAUGUUUGCAGCUGCAGAAACUGGUGGAUGAGAAUACAAAUACUCUUCACAGUUUGACAAAAGCUGAUGAGCCUGCACCGGUGGGGAAUUAUAACCAGAGGAAAGAAGAAGAAGAAAAGCUAUUGCUAAAGUUAUCCCAGCAGCUGCAGAAACUUGAUCAUAUCUUGGAUCAGGGUAACGUGGCUACAAAUGACACGGUGAAUGAGGGACAUCAGAAAGAUCCUCGAAGAGAAGACAAAGAUAAAGAAGAGGAUGAGAGUUCUGAUGACAAUGGAGAAAGUAGUGAGGAAGAAGAAAGUGAAGAAGCAGAUGAGGAAGAUGAGGAUAAAUUGUUGGAUGAUCCUGAUGUUAAAGAAUGCAUUGCAGUGGGAAACUUUAAUGCACAGCAGGAAGGGGACCUCACAUUUACGAAAGGUGAAGUCCUGCUUAUACAUGAUAAGAAGGCGGAUGGCUGGUGGGUAGCUGAGAACUCAAAAGGGGAGAGAGGCCUCGUGCCUAGAACCUAUCUUGCGGUCCAUAAUGAAGAUGAAGAAAGCCAAGAGGAAAGUGAUGAACACAUAGAAGUGGUGGAUGAAACAGCAGAUGGAACUGAAAUUAAAAGAAGAACAGACUCUCACUGGAGUGCUGUAAGAAAAGCUAUCACAGAGAGUGACACAGUAGAGAUGUUGGCAACCAUGGGAGCUGUUCCUGCAGGAUUCCGUCUAUCCACGCUUUCCCAGCUCUUAGAACAAGGUAAUCAGUUCAGAGCAAGUUACUUCUUGCAGCCUAAACUUACUCCAUCCCAGCUGGCUUUUAAAGAUUUGGUGUGGGAUUCUGAAAAAAUACUGUGAAUCUAUCCUAUACCAACUCGAGUAUCCCUGAUUGUAACUUUAUGUAGCUGUAAAACGAUUCCUCUCCCAGCAGCCAGCAUUCAGGUUCUCAGUAGACACGUUCGACUCUGUCUGUUCGAUGGCAAUCGGGUGCUGAGUAACAUUCAUACAGUGAGAGCUACGUGGCAACCUAAAAACCCUCAAAUGUGGACCUUUUCUCCACGGGUAACAGGCAUUUUACCCAGCUUACUGGAUGGUGACUGUUUUGUCAGGUCCAAUUCCUUAUCUUCGGACAUUGGUUUACUAUUUGAACUUGGCAUCACUUACAUUCGCAACUCAACAGGUGAACGACAAGAGCUAAGCUGUGGCUGGGCAUUUCAGAAGCUUUUUACUUCUGAUGGAAUGCCUGUUCCUUCCAAAAUGUAUGAGCUGCUAUUAAAUGGUGGUACUCCAUAUGAGAGAGGUGUUGAGGUUGACCCAUCACUAUCAAGAAGAGGUACGGUUUCCCACAAACAUUUCAUAAGUAAAAUGAUAUGUGCCAUACCUUUUUUAUAACAUGCAGAGCUUAGUUGGGGCUGUUAUUAGCAUGCAGUCAGUCACCACAGCCUGGUAUUGUUUUGUGUGCUCACGUUUUGCAUGAGGGAGAAUUGGUUGUUAGUGCUAGCUGGAUUCACAACCAUCUGUCAGUGCUAACACCUCUGUAACUUCUGUUAUUUGUAGGUUGAGGAUUCUUUUUUGAUGCAGGUUUUCAGUUACUUCUGUAAUUGCACUGAACAUGUGUUGGUUGUGGGGUCCUGCUACAAGGUUCAGCAGAAACACUGAUCUAAAGAGUUUCCAAGGCUUCCUGUUUUUUCCCUGUCUCGCAGCACCUGGUGUGAUAAGCAACAGGCAGUACAGGUGAUGCUGUGAACUGCAGCAGGGAACUGAGCCAGAUGGAAAGAACUCACCAAAACAAGCCAGUGGCAGAAGGGAGUUUGAGCAAGCAAAUGGAGGGGGACUCCUUUGCCCUGUGUGGCUUGAGUUAGGCUAAAUACUGAUACAACUGAAAAUACAAAAA